AUGACUGCAGUUCCUCGCAAGCUAUGGGAGCACCCAGACCCAGAUUCAACCAAGAUGGGUCAAUUUCGGCGAGCCUUGGAGAAAUCAACAGGCCAGAAAUUGGAGUCUUUCCAUGACAUGUACCUCUAUUCGGUUAACAAUAGGUCGCAAUUCUGGGAUUUCUGUUGGAAAUACUUCCAUCUUAUCCAUGAAGGAUCCUACACGCAAGUUGUCGACGAAUCUGUCCGUAUGGAUCAGAUCCCUGCAUGGUUUGAGGGUAUUCGUCUGAACUUCGCCGAGAACUUGCUUUUUUCACGAGCUGCCGGCGAUAAGUCCGGAAAGGAGGACGAGAAGAUUGCCGUGACCGAAGUCAGAGAAGGCGCUGCACAUGAACCAGUCCAUGUUACUUGGGGAGAACUUAGAUGUCGGACUGGAGUGUUAAUACAGGCGAUGAAAGCUAACGGUGUCGUCCGCGGUGAUCGUAUUGCGAUAUGUGCAGCUAAUAGUAUUGACACACUGUUGGUAUUCCUGGCAUCGACCGCUCUGGGUGCGAUCUUCUCAUCCAGCUCGACGGAUAUGGGUGUCAAAGGCAUCCUAGAUCGAUUGUUGCAGAUCAAGCCUCGUUGGCUGUUCAUGGAUGACUUUGCGGUAUACAAUGGGAAGGCCAUUGAUCUGCAAUCCAAGAUCCGAGACAUUGUUCAAGGCAUGGAUUCAAUCUCUGAAUUCCAGGGUGUUGUCUCGCAGCCACGCUUCCCAUCGAAGCCGGCGGAUAUCAGUUCUAUCUCAAAAACCCAAACUCUGGGCAGCUAUAUUUCCAAAGGGCGAGGUGACAAGCUCGAAUUUGACAGGAUCCCCUUCAAGGAUCCGUUCCUGGUUGCCUACAGCAGCGGCACCACGGGCCAGCCUAAAUGUAUAGUUCAUUCAGUCGGAGGAGUGCUCAUCAGCUCAUCCAAAGAAGGUGGCUUGCACAGUGGGCUCGGGCCUGACAGUGUCUGCCUGCAAUACACGACUACGGGUUGGAUCAUGUACAUGUCUUGUGUCCAGACUCUUCUCUUUGGGUCUCGAGUGGUGCUAUAUGAUGGAAGUCCAUUCGUCCCCGACGUCACAACCCUAGUGCGUCUUGCGGCACAGGAGAAAGUGACACAUCUUGGGAUAUCACCUCGGUGGCUGCACGAGCUGAAGAUGGCUAACAUUAAACCUCGAGAACUGGUCGACUUGUCCAAUUUGCGAGUUGUUACAAGCACUGGCAUGGUCCUGCGGGAGGAGCUGUUCGAGUGGUUCUACGAUGAAGGGUUCCCUUCAAUGGCUCGUCUGAACAACAUCUCCGGUGGCACAGACAUUGCCGGCUGUUUUGGAUCUGGCAACCCACUGGUUCCUGUCUAUGUAGGCGGCUGUGCUGAACGCAGUCUGGGCGUUCCUGUGGAGGUCUAUGACUCUACAAUCGAAGGGGGUGACGGUAUCCAGGGAUUCCCCGUAAAUGAAGGAGUUCCCGGCGAGCUAGUAGCCACAGCUGCUUUCCCAAACAUGCCAGUGAAGUUCUGGGGUGACGAGAGCGGAACCAGGUAUAGGAACUCUUACUUCGCCAAGUUUGACAACGUGUGGGUUCAUGGAGACUUCGUGUCGAUCCAUCCAAUCACUCAUCAGCUCAUGUUUCAUGGUCGCGCUGACGGAGUGCUCAAUCCCUCGGGUGUAAGGUUUGGAAGUGCAGAGAUCUACCGGGUUAUUGAAGCUAUGUUUGCAAAUGAGGUUGCGGAUUCUAUUUGCGUGGGACAGAAGAGACCCACUGAUACUGAUGAGCGGGUCGUUCUGUUCCUGCUCUUGAAACCGGGUGUGGCCUUUUCACCAGACCUUGUGGCUAGAAUAAAGGCAGCGAUUCGCUCAGAGCUCAGUCCUCGCCACGUGCCUAGCUUCAUUUGGGAAACGCCUGAGAUUCCAACGACAGUCAAUCUCAAGAAGGUCGAACUACCGGUGAAACAGAUAGUGUCUGGGAAGCGGGUCAAGCCAAGCGGAACGCUAUUGAAUCCCGGAAGCCUAGAAUUCUAUUAUCGAUUUGCCGAGGAACCUCGUGAGAGCAAGCUCUAA